AUGAAAAUUCUUCUAUGUUUCCUGAUCCUCUUUGCGAAUUCAUGGCAAAAAAUCAGCGAAUACGCGGCCUAUCAAAAGGCUUUCUCGUUGGUUUGCAAUCGUUAUGAAACAAAACCGACACGUGCGCUCGAAGCGCGACUUUUUGAAAAGUAUCGACCAUUUCUGCUAUGGAAAUGUGAUGGUAAUUCGACAUUCAAAACAGUUCGGAGAAUCAGAUAUAACGAAUCCGACAGUGAUUCGCUUUUGAAUAUGCUUCGAAACGAUCGGAAAAAUCUGAAACUGAAUCGCGAAUUCUUCGAUCAUUGUCCCGAAUUGCGGCGACGAAGUUGGAAUCUCAACGAGAAACCGAAAAAAAAGGAGACUCCCGAAUUUCUGAAGACCGCCGUUCAACAAUUGAAAUUCAUCGAGUACAAGGACGACCAUUAUUUUGAAUUCUGGUUUGCUCCCGAAACAUCGCGACGCCUGAUUUAUUAUCUGGCCGUCUAUGUGUGGGAUGAAGAUGAGUGGAAAAUUGGGGGAGAGGAUUAUCGAGAUUCGAUGUGUAAAAAUGUGACUUUGAGUUAA